UUCAGGCCCUCCGUUUUCGAAAUAUUGCUGCCCGAUAUCCGGGAUUCGCCGAACUUUCGCAUCUAUGUGUCACGUACACUGUGUACGUUACAUACGUCAUUACGCUACCACUUAUUAUAUUGCUGAGCACGCAUGCGCGAAGGAAACUGUUAUACCGAUAGCAACUCCUAAGCAACCACUGGCACAUUGUUUGGCUGGCAUGUGCUCGUGCGGACGUACGUACGAUAUGAGUUAACCUCAAAAGCGAUAUUUAUGAAUGAAGAUACACGAGAUAUAAAAAUAUGACAAUGGGAAAGAAGAAAGUAAAGGCUUACGUGAAGAGGAAGCACGUGCCGGAGAGCAAAAUAAUCGAGGAUCUACUGUCCAAAUAUAGCACUAUAGAUGUUACGAAAACGAAGAAAUUCUGUGACCUCCCCUUGUCGAGGAAUACCUUGAGGGGCUUGACGGAAUGUGACUACGUGGAGAUGACGGAUAUCCAGAGGCAAAGCAUCGGUUUCGCACUGCAAGGCAACGAUAUUCUGGGUGCUGCAAAGACCGGCAGCGGCAAGACCCUGGCCUUUCUUAUUCCAGUUUUAGAAGCCUUGUACUGCAAGCAAUGGACAAGAUUAGAUGGUUUAGGUGCAUUGAUCAUUACACCGACGAGAGAACUGGCAUAUCAGAUAUACGAGACGUUGCGAAAGAUAGGUCACUACCAUGAUGUCUCAGGUGGUCUGAUCAUAGGAGGAAAGGAUCUAAACUUUGAAAAGAAACGUCUAGAUCAGUGUAAUAUAGUUAUAUGUACACCGGGACGUUUGCUCCAGCAUAUGGAUGAAAAUCGAUUUAGUUGUGAAAAUAUGCAGAUAUUAGUAUUAGACGAGGCGGAUCGUUGUUUAGACAUGGGUUUUGAGAAGACUAUGAAUGCUAUUAUUGAGAAUUUACCACCAGAAAGGCAAACCUUGCUCUUCUCAGCGACUCAGACAAAGUCGGUGAAAGAUCUGGCGAGAUUGAGCCUUAAGGAUCCAUUGUACGUGUCGGUGCAUGAACACUCCGCGCAUACCACACCAGAAGGUCUGCAACAGAGUUACAUCGUGUGUGCCUUAGAAGAUAAGAUGGCAAUGCUGUGGUCUUUCAUAAGGAAUCACCUGAAACAAAAGAUGAUCAUAUUCUUCUCCAGCUGCAAACAAGUGAAAUACGUGUAUGAAGUGUUCUGCCGAAUGCGUCCCGGUGUCAGUUUACUAGCUCUUUACGGCACGCUUCAUCAGUUGAAGAGAUUGAGCAUCUACGAAUCGUUUUGCAGGAAGCAACACGCUGUGUUAUUUGCCACUGACAUCGCUUCCCGUGGAUUAGACUUUCCUGCCGUAAACUGGGUAAUCCAAAUGGAUUGUCCGGAGGACGUUAAUGCCUACAUUCAUAGAGUGGGCAGAACUGCAAGGUUCAAAAGCGGUGGUGAAUCUCUCCUGGUCCUGUUACCGUCCGAGGAGGCAAUGGUCGAGAAACUCGAGCAACGUAAAAUCCCAAUAAAUAUGAUACAGAUCAAUCCGAACAAACUACAAUCGCCGCAUCGUAAGCUCGAAGCUUUAUUGGCCGCGAGUGUGCCUCUGAAAGAAAGCGCCCAAAGAGCCUUCGUAGCGUAUAUAAAGUCAGUUUAUCUGAUGAAGGAUAAAGAGGUCUUCAAUGUACACGCUUUAAACAAGGAUCUGUAUGCCAACUCGUUAGGUCUAGCAGUUGCUCCGAAAGUCCGAUUCUUACAAAGAAUACAAAAGAAAAUGGCUACGAGUAGCAUUAAGGCUGGAGAAGAGACUGAUAAAAGUUCCACUAAAUUGGCAGGCGGUAGUGAAGAGGCAAAUGAUGAAGAUGACACUGAUGUAGAGGAUAUCCCCAAUACUCCGUACCAGAAAAAGGAAGCGAUAGCUAAAGAUGCUGCUGCUCUGCAAUUCGAUGUUAGCGAUGAUGAUGACGAUGUAUUAACUAUAAAGAGAAAGAACAUAGAUAUCGAUGAUAUAUCGGUGAUGGAGAAUGACAAAAGUGGUGGACACGAUAAAAAGGCCUCGAAAAAGAAACCCGUUACGAGGAUUGCAUUGGCCAAAAAGAUUCUCAAGAAGAAGAUUGUAGCUAACAAGAAGGUCGUGUUCGACGAAGAUGGACAAGAAAUAAUUGAUUCUGCAAAGGCAAAUAAAUCAGAAUUGGCUCGGCAAUACGAGAAUGAAGUAGAUUCUGGCAUUAAUAUCGAAAUCGCCAAGCAAAUUUUACGGGAGGAGGACCAAUUCGAUAAGGAAAGAUACAGGGAAAUGUUGAAAGAAAAACGUAGAGAGCAGAAAAGAAAACUGAAGGCCGCCAAGAAGGCGGAGAUGAAUGACGAAGAAGAGGAUGUGAGCGACAAUGAUAAUGUUAACGAAGAUAAGUUUAACGAAGGUGAAUCUAGCGGAGAUGAAUCUAGCGAAGGUCCAGACCUCUCAUGGCUACCCGAUCCAGAUAAAAUAUAUGGCAAGCAACAAACUUUGGAUGAAGAAGAAACGUCUGUUGAUGAAUCCGAGCAAGAUAAAGAAUCUGAAGAAGAAAGUGCAAUUCACAGAUCAUCCAAGAGGAAAUCGAUAACACAGGAGGAACACAAGAGAACACGAAAGAAACAAAAAGUAUCGGACAUCGCCGGGCUAAAAGCCGACGAGGAAUUGGCCCUGCAGUUGUUACAGAAUUGAAUCCGUGUGCACAUGUGGGAAAAGUAAUUUACGUUUUAUUCAUUGAAUGCGGCGUGAUCUUAUUACAGUAUGUACACUUUACAACGAUUACCUUAAUGACAUAAGGCAAUUUUACAUUGUGUUAGUUUAGCGUUUAACUACAGACAAAGUUGUACAUACUAAGAUAACAUUAGGGAAGUUCGUCAACUGAAUAAAAUCAAUUACAUCUCUU